AUGCCUCAACUGGAUAAAUUCACUUAUUUCACACAAUUCUUCUGGUCAUGCCUUUUCCUCUUUACUUUCUAUAUUCCCAUAUGCAAUGAUGGAGAUGGAGUACUUGGGAUCAGCAGAAUUCUAAAACUACGGAACCAACUGGUUUCAAACCGGGGGAACAAAAUCCGGAGCAACGACCCCAACAGUUUGGAAGAUAUCUUUAGAAAAGGUUUUAGCACCGGUGUAUCCUAUAUGUACUCUAGUUUAUUCGAAGUAUCCCAAUGGUGUAACGCCGUCGACUUAUUGGGAAAUAGGAGGAAAAUAACUUUUCUCUCUUGUUUCGGAGAAAUAAGUGGCUCACGAGGAAUGGAAAGAAACAUCUUAUAUUUGAUCUCGAAGUCCUCAUAUGGCGCUUCUUCUUCAAAUCCUGGAUGGGUGAUCACUUGUAGGAAUGACAUAAUGCUAAUCCAUGUUCCACACGGCCAAGGAAGAAUCAAAAAAUAA